AUGGGUGGUUUCCACGGAAACGGCCAGUUUGGUAGCCAAGUGAGUGACAAAAUACUCCUUCGAGGCUCCUCGUUUCUGCCAUCUUCUUCAUCCACUUUUCUCUUUACCGAACAGAAACGUGCUCCGAACCCGCUUGAGGCCCACGUCACUCCGUCCUCAGAGGAUCUUCUUCGGCCGGCACAACAAUGCUCACGACUUCCGAGAAGACACACGUCCGCGACCAGUGGCGCAGGAAGCUUGACUUUCUCAUUGCCUGUGUGGGAUUUUCGGUGGGACUGGGCAACAUCUGGCGCUUUCCCUAUCUUUGCUACAAGAAUGGUGGAGGUGGGUAUGGGCAUGAAAUCGGGUCAGCGGGAACAACAGAAGCCACUUGAUAUCACUUUUAAUUGCAUACCAAAAAGUCUCUCUCAUAUCAGCACCAACCCAACGGGACUCAACCCUGGACACGAAGGAUAA